UCUACAACAUUAGCAGCUAUAGCAAUAAGACGUUUCAUUCAGCGUUCGUGAAUUUGAGACAGCUUGUAUUCCGUCUAAACCAUAAAUAAUUUUAAUUCAAACACUCAAUCAUCCACAACAAUGUUGGAAAGAAUUGAAAAAGGUUUGGACUAUGUGAAAUCUAUUCCAUUUGUUCUGAAGAUAACAGAAUUUGUCGUCUUAUUGAUUGCAUUCUCUCUUGCUGGGCACUUUCUAAAUACAAUGGACUCCAAUUUCUUUGUCCUUUAUGGAAAAAAAGGAAGUAUAGAUUUUUUCCUAUUUGUAACGAUUGUUGGAUGGCUCAUAUCGAUAGUCUUUCCAAUCCUCUUCAUUUUUGGCAUCCAGGAGAAGUUCCUACUUGAAAAUCACUGGACACUUAUAGUCGCCGUUGUUUCAGGCGUGUGGGCCUUGCUUUUACUGACUGCUUCUGCGGUACUGGCUAUGACAGCAAAAAAAUAUGAUGAUGAGGACGAAGAAGUGAGAAGAAGUGGCUAUUUUUUUUUCACUGUCCACUCUGCGUGCAAACUUUUAAACAAGAAUAAUUCGAAUGCAACAUGUGGGCAUCUAAUUGGAGGAGCGGUUUUUGGUAUCAUCGCCGCAUUGUUAUUCGCUGGCGAUACGAUCGUCCAUGCCUACAUGUAUUUAAAGGGGAGACCUGGUCCCAUCCCACAAGCAGCGCUGGGACAUAAUCCCGUUAUUCCGACAGCAAGUGUCCAACCAGCAAAUGUCCAAACAGCAAGUUUCCAACCAGCUCCUCCUCCAGUCUAUUAGCUAACACUUGUAUGAAAGAUCUGAUGAAGAUUUUUCGUAUAUAUACUGUUGUAUACUUGAUGACAAACUUGGUGACUUCUUAAUAUAUAUUUAGUAUAUAAGGUAUAGUUAUAUAUAUACCAUAGAAAGUAUAUAGUAUUUUCUGUAUAUAGUACAGAAAAUCAGCGUCAAACCGCAGACACAACAAUCGUAUUCAGAAGGCUCACACACGCUUGUGUUUGCACACAAUAUAGAUGUACUCUCAGAACUCUUUCUAUUAAACAAUUUGUUAUUAUUCGUAGGUUUUAAUAUAUUAAGAUUGUUGCGUUUAAAACUAAUAAUAAAGACUGUUUCUCAGCAUAUAUAGGUUUAUUGAGAAACAUAUUCUCUUCCCAGCACCGUAGGCGUUGUCUGAGAAAACAGCUUAAAAUAUAGGAUGCCCUUUUGUGAGUUCUUUCAAGAAGCCGAGGAACAAACGAAAAAGUCGAUGCUUCUCUACAGCUGCUCUAUCGAUCUAUAGGUCGGCAAACAGUGCCCGAAGUCUGUGGUUGCGAGGAUUUUUCAUCUUAUAUAUAUUUCUCCUGUAUAUAUGUAUUCUUAUAUAUAAUAAAACC